AUGGCGACGCCCAGCGAACUGUCUCUCGAGGAGAUACGCAGAUAUUUAUUGGAAAACGGAGGUACUGCUCGUAACCACGACGUCGUGAAGUAUUUUAAGAAGUUUCUAACGGACCCCGAAACCAGAGUCGAGGCACGGAAUCGGUUCAAGGAGUACGUAAACACCCUGGCCACCAUAAAGAACGAAGAGGGGGACAAGUAUUUGGUUCUCAAGAAGAAGUACCGGCAAAGUUCUCUCGAGCUUUCUUCCCCGGAGGAAAUAGGGUCGCCCAUUGCCACUCCUGACAUAACCCCGGUCUCGCCGUUACGUGCUCCACCGCCGUAUCGGCCGCCGCCCCCCGCGCCCCUCAGUCCGACCACGACUACGGCGGGAACGGUUCGCGAGGAGCCGUGUUCAAAUUUCGCUCGCGAGGAGGCAGCGAUCGACACGCGGAAAAAUGGCGGUCACGGUGUCGAGACCGGAUUUUCAACGUCGUCGCCCCCCGUGCCGCCACGCCGUAAAAGUCAAGAUAAGAUCAAGAUCGAGAAUAAGGAGAACGUCGACAGAAACCGGGGAGGAGCCGAAGCGAUUAUCAAGGAAGAUGAGGCUGUCGCGGGGAAUCCCAGCUCGACCGAGCAAUUAAGCUUCCGCGAGCGGAUGCAACGUUUCAACCGGAUGGCUAGCGAAACCGAUCUCCAAGGCAGACCUAACGGCACUAUCACGCCCACUAAAAAGCGAUCAGACAAGGGUGCCGACGAGGAUGACAGCGCUUCCGUUGCCUCGCAACUGGACGGGAAGUCACGGGAGUGGUUGGUCAGAGCUGCGCAGGGGGAUUAUCAGGCGUUGGCGAAGCUGGCCGCGGAGGAACCUCGACUCACCGGGCUCAAGGAUCCAACGUCCGGCUAUACGGCUUUGCACUGGGCCGCGAAGCACGGGGACGAGAACAUCGUGAAGCUGAUCGCGGGAACGUACAAGGACUACAUCAAGAGCGUGAACGAGACCACGAACGGGGGAUACACGCCGCUGCACAUCGCGAUGCAGUUCGACCACGAGAAUAUCUUCAAUCUUCUAGUCCAAGUAUACGGCGCGAAUCAAGAGAUCCGUGACUACAGCGGGAAAAAGGCGAGACAAUAUCUGGUCUCACAGGAGGCCGCUGUCAGUCAGGACACCUUCCGCAAAAUAAAAGCAAGGAAAAAGCAUGCAGAGAAAGAUCUUGGUUUCCUGCGAAUUGGCUCGCUGAACGUACGCGUGAAACGUACGACGGAAGCGUUCAGCCAGUUUCUGGGUGUGGCAACUAGCAGUGCCAGCAGCAACCACGAGAAGAUACACAAGAGCUGGGGAUCCGCGGAUAAUGUGCAGUUGGAGCAGAAAAUGAUGCCACCACCGAAAUACGCGCCCAUCAAGAAGAGAAGGAGUCGAAGAGGCGGCCAGGAUUUCGGGUCGUCGCGGGACCAACACGCGGCCAGUCAACCGAGCACUCCAUUGUUACAAGGAAAGUUAUCCAGAUCGAAUACACAUCGUCGACCGACUUCCACGACGGUCGUCACCUCUGUCAGAUCGCAACAGAACAACGACUCGGACUCAGAUACCGCCUGCGGCUUUGACUCUACGUGGCGGGGCUCCGCGCAAUUAUAAGCAAACUAUUGCAUAUCUUUUACCGGUGGAAAGCGCAGAGGCUUCACUCAAUCGGGAUGUACAAGAGUGUGCAAACCUCCUUCCGUCAUUGCUUGUUAAUAUAGUUGGAAAU